GGUGGAGUCUUUGGGCUCCAGUCGACGGAGGGAGGGUCUCCUUUCACCAACUUUCUUCUCUUUCUGAUCCUCCUUCUCUUACUCCGGACCCCUCGAUGCCUCGAAGCCUCUUCCUGCUCACAGCCUCCACACCUAGGUGGUCUUUCCAGGGUUUCCUUCCUUCCCCUUCCUCCCUGAUACAAAACACCAAACCAUGACCGAUAAGAGUGUCCCGUCCGGAGGGGAUGACGCCUCCAACAUCAUGGCGCUUCUGGAGCGAGUCGCCGGGCUCAUGGACAGCGUUCAAACCACGCAGAAACGCAUGGAGGAGCGUCAGCUGAACCUGGAGAGCACGGUGAAGAACAUCCAGACGGACGUGGUGAAGCUGACCAGCGACCACGCAAACACCAGCUCCACCGUGGACCGACUGCUGGAGAAAACACGGAAGGUCAGCCGUCACGUGAAGGACGUCCGCGUGAGGGUGGAGAACCAGAACGUGAGGGUGAAGAAGGUGGAGGCGACGCAGGGAGAUCUGCUCGCCAAGAACAAGUUCAAGGUGGUCAUCUACCAGGUAGGAAACGUCUCAGUCACACCUGCUGUGUUUCACCUGUAG